ACGUCGUCAGCAGGGGGCGGGCCGUGGGGCGCGGCACGGUACGGUCGCGCUGGGGGCUGGGCCGGGGGCGAGGGCUGGCUGGCGGAUACGGUGUGUUUUAUUUCUCCAUGUUGUCACGGUGCGCUAAUGAUCUAGACUGUAUUUGUCACAAUGGCGAUGAUCGGCAAGAGUGGACUGGGUGUGUGCAGAAAACUUAAACAGUUCCAAGCACUUGUCAGCCUGGGCAGAAAUCUGUCAUCGACGUCGCCGAGAAGCUCUGCAAAGAUCUAUGAGCUGCGGACCUACACACUCCAGGCAGCACACUUCCGGGAUUAUCUAGAACUGACCAAGGAGAAAUUCCAUCUGCGUACGUCUGUCUCCAAGCUGUAUGGGUAUUGGGUGACUGAGCUGGGAGGCCUCAACGAAGUCAAGCACAUCUGGGAGUAUGAUAACUUUGCCCACCGGACCGGAGUCAGGCAGAAACUUGCCGCAGACCAAUCGUGGAUGGAGUCCUACUUUAGUCGGAUCGCACCCCACCUGGUCCACCAGGAGAAUGCAGUCUUGGUGCCGUCUCCUCUGAAACAAGUGGAAGAAUCCCCAGUCGCGGAGGGAGGUGUGUAUGAGUUGUGCCAGUAUGAGGCAAAACCAGGCAGUGAGGGCGUCGUCAUGCAAGAAAUCUCCAAGAAGGCCGAGCUGAUCCAACAGGCUGGCGGAGGGAAACUGAUGGGGCUGUUCUCCACAGACAUCGGCCACAACAACAGUGUGUACCAUCUGUGGAACUAUGAGAGCUUGGACAAAAGACGAGAGAUAAAUGAUGCGCUCCCUGAUUCGGCAAAAGAUAACUCCAAGAUUCUUAAAGACGUUGUGACUAGCAUGUCCAACAAGGUGAUGCUGCCAUGGCCAGUCUCACCCCUGAAGUAGACUUGUCUCCCUCCAUUGGCAGUCCUGUGCCCAACAGUCAUGAGCUCGUUCCUAAAUUUUCUUGGGUAAUUGGGUUUCUUUUUUAUGUUUGUUUUAAAAGAAAUGUGUAGGCAUAGUAAAGGUCAUUUUUCUUGGUUGAGAGUUAAUAUUUGUUGUUCUGAAUGUCAUGGUAAUAUCUAAGAUUGUAUUAAUUUUUGAAAUCAUAUACCACUUGUUUCUAUAGCCUGCUGAAAUAAAAACAAGUGUGACAAAAUUUUGAGCAGCUUUCCAUAUACAAGUAAUUAAGAUGUUUGAAUUCCUUUGAUUUGUCGGUUAGUUAGUAACAGACUGUUUGCAAUUAUUUGAACCGCAGCUGUAAGUCCAUGCAUCGUGAUUGUAAGUAAAUUGCAAUACUGUAUCCAUUAUGUGCCAUAAUUUUGAUAAAAGCCAUAAAUAUUGAAAUAUGAAAGUUUGAAUGUAUUUUUCUAAGUUUAAUUUCGUUUUUUUACACAGAUGGAUUUUUUUAAAUUUUUUAUUAUUAUUAUAAUUAUUAUUUUAUUAAAAACCACAAAUCGUGACCCAAAGGUCAAAUUGCAUGUGAUCAUAACAAUUAAAACUUUAAAAUAUAAAUUGAGAGUACAUGUACAUUAAAAAACUGUAACAAAAAAUAUAAAUAAAAGAGUAAAGAAAUACUCAUUCACAAAACUCAUACAAACCGAAGACACAGACAUGAUUAAGUUAAAUACCAUCACUCCCCCCCCCCACAGGUGAAUUCCAUCUGGAAUUAUCUAUAUUUUUCAAAUAAAACUUUUCUGUGGUACUCCAAUUUCAAUGAUAAAGAACUGGGAAAUAAAAGUUUUGUCAAUCAAAUCAUGACUUGUGUGCUUGAAGGUAUAUACCAUGCACUUUUGAAACUGCGAUUACUUCUGCAGCACUACAUUUAAUACAUUCACUAAAUGUUAUAGAUUUGAGCAAUAGAUGCUCAAAUAAGCCGGUGCCAAUUUCAUGGUACGGGUGCUGCUUAUACAGCUUGUCCCACAAGAACGAACAGUCGAAAAUCAACUAAUAAAGAUAUAUUGCAUGUGAGUUUUGGAAAAUUUUCAAAUUACCUCUUGAAGUCAGAUAACCAAUCUAUCAUACAAACUUUAUUUCAUUCAAAUCGAUGCAUUGGAACAAACGCUAUGCUUCAUCGAACUUAAGGGUUGAAAAUCGUCUUAAGCCACUUUCCUUGAAAGUGAGAAAGCGCAGUUAGAGAAACACACAAAGGAUUUAUUUCCUUUGUUCAAGAGUAAAGUGUGACUUAUUCUACUGGCUUCGAUCUGUAAACUUGAUUAAUAAAAAAGCUGUAUCUUUUGAACAAAACUUCCCAAUGAAAUCAACUAAUAAGCAUUUGGAAGACUAAUUAUUCUCAGCAAUACAUAGGCCUAAGACACGAUUUUGAAUACUACCCCCACUUUUAGUUUUCGAUAGAGCAGGCAAAGCACAUUUUGUACCACCCCGCCUUCCGCUCCCUUUACUUUUCCAGUACAUUCUCGAUUUGGUGUGUUUUUUAGGGUGGGCAGGGGGACAUUUUGCCCACCCCUCCUAAUUAAUUAACGAAAAAUGUAUUGUAGAACCUCUUUUUAUGUUGGGGGCGGAGCUAGCACUCGCCCCCCCCCCUUCCUUUUGACAUCCAUGCUUCAGUUGCAAUUGAAUGUACUCAGGCAAGCAAGAGUGAUUCUGAGAUCUUUAAUUUUAAUCUAAACUGGGAAAAUUAACUUGGUGACAAGUGUAUUGUAAGUAAACUGUGUUAUUUCCUGCAAAACUAUGAAUUUUGAAGUAGAACUGAAAAGUGACACUUUUGACCAAACUGACAAGAUUUGCACUUGGUAACAAGUGUAUUCUAUUUUCCUAGGGUAUUCCCAAUGAAACUACGGAAGAACUUAUUAGUUACCCAGAUGGUCACGAAAUGCUAUUUUAGGCACUUUUUGGGACCCUGUCUCACGGCCGAUGUAAGGUUUUUUGUGUGGGACAACCAGUAGUGUUUGCAAAGUUUUUAACCACAAGUUUCAGUCAUGGCAUCAUGAUCGUCAGUUAUUCUGUAUCCAUUGUGUGCCAUGAUUUGAUGAAAGCCAUAAAUACUUAACUAUGAAAUUUUGAAUGUAUUUUUCUAGGCUUAAUUUCGUUUUUACACGGAUGGAUUUUAUCUAUAUUUUUAUAUUAAAAAAAUUCUGUGGUACUCCAAUUCUGAUGAUAAAGGACUGCAAUAAAAGUUUGUCAGUAAA